AAAAGUCAGCGCCGCCCAUCUAAUGGAUGAUGACUGGGAUCUCUACGCCGUCGUCAGAUCAGGCUACGCCGCCAUGGCCACUGGAUCCGCCGCCGCGGAACCUACAAAUCACCUCAAAAUCCCUUCCACCGCCGCCCUACCGGAAAUCAAUCAUUUUCAAUCGACAGACCUAAUUGCCGAUCACAUCAAAACUGAUCAUCUCCAUACCCUAGCCGGCGGCAACCGCCUCUACAACAAUCAACUCCGCCGCGACGACCCCGCCGGAAUACUCCCCAUUACACCAUCCGCCGCCGCGCCUUUCCGACAAUUACAUCUCGAAAUUCCACAAAUGCAGCCGCCAGUUCCGAUCGACAAAAACUUCAGCAUUCAAGGUCGGGAAAGUACGAUGCAAUUCACAAACUCUACGAUUCGAAUCUCCGGUUCCAAUUUCAGUCCUCCGGCGUCGGUCCAGCAACGGAAAAGGAAAAACCAGCAUGCGAAAAUUUUCCGGCGAGCGUCGCAGGAAGAGCUCGCCGCUGAUUCCUGGGCAUGGCGGAAGUACGGCCAGAAGCCGAUCAAAGGGUCGCCCUUUCCGAGAAAUUAUUACCGGUGCAGCACGUCGAAAGGCUGCGCCGCCCGUAAGCAGGUGGAGCGGAGCUCCGACGAGCCAGGGAUUUUCUUGGUAUCCUACACCGGAGAACACACUCACCCACGCCCUGCUCACCGGAGCUCGCUCGCCGGAGGCAUCAGAGGAAAAUACGGCACCACCAUGACCGCCGCCGGAGCCGCCUCGCCGGCGGUGGCGACGACUCACGUUGACAAUAAUUUGGCUUCAGGUAAGGCUUCAUUCUCUUCUUCAUCGACCGGCUCACACUCCAGUACUUCUCCGGCGACGGAAUGGGCGGCGGCGGAGCAGAACGAGGACGUUGAGAUGGCGGAGGAGGAGGUCGCCGGCGGCGGAGAUGACCUAAAUAAGAAUACGAUUCCGAUGAUGACUGAUGAUGAGGAAAUUGUUUUGGGAACGUUUCGAUAUCGAAAUUCCGAUCGAUCGAUUGGCGGUGGAGAAUCGUUUUCCGAUGGUCCGUCGUCGUCUCUGCCGUGACGCCGCCUACUCCAACGGCGGCGAUGGAAUUGUCUGCUCCAUGUAUACAUGACGUGGAAAUGACUGAAAAGGACGUAUGGGUCUCCACCAUUUUUAUUUACAGAAGAUAUAUUAGUACAGUAUAAUUCAAGAUUAUAACAAUUAUUUUGUACCUUACUUAUAAAAUCUAUAUAGU